UAACCUCUAAACCCGCAGAUAGGUCAACCAUGAACUCAGUUACAGCAUCAUCAUCUGCAUCUACAGAAUGGUCUUCAGACCACUCAUCAAAAUCUCAAUUUUCAGAACCUUUAUUAGCAAAAUCGCUGACUACAUCAACAUCCACUUUACCAGAAUUAUCCACAUCAGAUUCUAAAGAAACAUCAACACUAUUGCUUAGAACAUUUUCAUCUACCUUCCCGGAAUUAUCCACAAGUGAUUCAACAAUUGAAACUCCAGUGUUGCCAACAAAAUCUGUUACAUCACUACCUUCUUUUCCACAAGCUUCUACUCAUCAGUUCUUAGCAUAUGAAUUAUCAGAAAUGUCAACAAAAUCAGUUACAGCACCACCAACUGCUUCUUCAGAAUCAACUACAGAUCACUCAUCAACAUUUAAAUCUAAAGACAUUUUAACAAAUACAGUUACAGCAUUACUUCCCACUUUGCCAGAAACAUCUACAAAUCAAAUAUCAACAUCUGAAUCUCCCAGAGUUUUUGCAACACAAACCGUUCCAGGUUUAACAUCUUCCACCCCACAAUCAUUUACAAAUCAGCCAGUAAUAUUCAAAACUGCACAAAGGUCACUCACAAACUCAGUUACAGCAUUUGCAGAAUCAAAAACAGUUAACCUAUCAAUAUCUGAAUCUUCAGAACCUUCAAGAGAAACAGCUUUACCAACCAUUUCCCCAGAAUCGAUUACCAAUCACCCAUCAACACCCAAAUCUGCAGAAAUUUUCAAAUCACCAACAGGUCAAGUGUCUCCAUCUACUGCCCCAGAAUCAUCUAUAGGUCUGUCAAUGACGUCUAAAGAUGGGGUACCUUCAUCAGCGAAAUCAGUUACAGAAUCACCACCUAAAUCUGCAGAAUCUUCUACAGAUGGUUUGCCAAUAUCUGAAGCUCCAGAAACAUUAUUAACACAACCUCUUGCUGCAUCACCAUCUACAUUGCUAGAAUCACUUACAUCUGAUUCCCAAGGAACAUCAACACUAUUUACUACAUCGUCGUCUAAGUUCCCAGAAUCAUCUAUAAACUAUUCACCGUUUGAAUCUCCAGAGUUGCCAACAAAAUCUAUUGCAUCACCACCUACUUCUCAACAAUUGUCCGCUCAUCAUUUGUUAACAUCUGAAUCAUCAGAAAUGUCAGCAAAAUUAAUUACAGCAUCACCACCUGUUUCUGGAGAAUCAACUACAGAUCACUCAUCAACAAUGGAUGCACCCCAAAUGUCAUCAAACGGUCAAACUUCAACAGUACCAUUAUCUUCACCAAAAUCAUCUUCAGAUCAAUCACCAACAUCUAUAUCUUCAGAAACUUUACCAUCACAGGCAGUUACAGUAUCACCAUCUACCUUCCCAGUAUCAUCUCUAGAUUAUACAUCACUAAGUUCUAUUAGUACAUUAUCAACCCAGUUUGCAGAAUCAUACAGUGAUCACCAAUCAACAUCUGAAACUCCAGAAACACAGAGACAUACAUUUACGGCUUUACCAUUUACUCAUCCAGAAUCAUCUAUAGAUGUCUUAGCAACAUCUGAAUCUCCAGGAACCUUAUCAACAAAAUCAGUUAAAACAUCACCAUCUAGACCUCAGGAAUCAUCUACAGCACUUCCAUCAACAUCUAAAUCUACUAAGAUUUUAACAGUUAUAUCAUCACUUUCAACUUUACCAGAAACAUCUACAAAUAGAACAUCAACAUCUUCUUCCUCAGAAACAUCUACACAUCAGUCAGUAACAUCCAAAGCUGCAGAAAGGUCAAACACAAAGUCAGUUACUGUAUCACCAUCUGCAUCUACAGAAUGGCCUUCAGUUCACCCAACAACAUCUGAACCUUCAAAACCACCAAGACAAACAGCCUUACUAACUAUAUCACUAGAAUCAUCUACUGUUGAACCAACAACUGAUUUAUCUACAGAUCAACCAUUAUUAUCAGAAGCUCCAGAGACAUUAUUAACAAAAUCACUUACAGCAUCAACAUCUACUGUGCCAGAAUCCUCCACAUUGAAUUUCCAAGGAACAUCAACACGAUUAUUAAGAGCUUCACCAUCUGACUUCUCGAAAUCACUUACAGAUCUUUCAACAAUUGAAUUUACAGAGUCUUCAACAAAUUCUGUUACAUCAUCACCUACCACUCCACAUUCUUCUACUCAUCAGUUGCUAACUCCUGACUCAUCAGAAAUGUCAUCAACUAAAGUAUUUAAAGCAUCACCACCUGGUUCUGGAGAAUCAACUACAAUUCACUCAUCACCAUCUAAAUCUGCAGACAUUUUAACAAAUACAGUUACAGCAUCACUUCCCACUUUGACAGAAACAUCUACAAAUAAAUCAUCAACAUCUGAAUUUCCAGAAAACACUGCAACACAAACAGUUCCAGGUUUACUGUCUCCUUCCCAACAACCAUUUACAGAUCAGCCAGUGACAUCUAAAGCUGAAGGAAGUUCACCCACAAACUCAGUUACAGCAUCACAAUCUGCAUCUACAGGACCACUUACCGUUUAUCCAUCAACAUUUGAAUCUUCAAAACCACCAAGACAAACAGCCUCACCAGAUACAUCCUUAGAAUCAUCUACCACUCACUCAACACCUAAAUCUCCAGGAAUUCUAGCAACACCAACCAGUAAAAUGUCAUCAUCUGCAUCUCCCAAAUUAUCCACUGAUCAGUCAUUAACAUCUGAAGAUCAUAAAUUCAUAACAACACAAAUAACAACAGGUACACCAUCUUCGUCUUUAAAAUCAUCUACAGACCAGUCAGUAACCUCUAAACCCGCAGAUAGGUCAACCAUGAACUCAGUUACAGCAUCACCAUCUGCAUCUACAGAAUGGUCUUCAGACCACUCAUCAAAAUCUCAAUUUUCAGAACCUUUAUUAGCAAAAUCGCUGACUACAUCAACAUCCACUUUACCAGAAUUAUCCACAUCAGAUUCUAAAGAAACAUCAACACUAUUAAACAUCUACAAAUACACCAUCAACAUCUGA